AUGGUUGCUUUCCGUCAAUUCGUGGACUCAUACUACACUGAUAGCAAACAAAGCGUCGGCAAUCAGAUUAAGAGGAAGAAAAGGGAGAAUGAAGGCGUGUCAGAGGAGAUUCUAACUUAUUUAACAAGAUUUCCCGUUAUAACGGCGGCGGCAUUCCGAAAUUACAUUCCUAUUCAGCGGAGAACUUCGCUUUACAUCAUCGUGAAGUAUAUUCCUAUUGAGUGACAAGUUUUGAUUUACACCAAAUCCGUCAAGUUGUGUUUUCGAUGUCUUGAUGUACAACUUUGAAACAACAGGCACUUGGUAUCAAUCCAAACGACUGCAAUGCACUUGAUCUACCAAUGCUCCAUUCAAGAGUGAAAUAUCGGGAACCUAAGCAGCCCUCAACGUGAUGGCGAUUAUUAACACAAGGUUAUAUCUACAUAUUGACGAAUUAAUUGAAUGUUCC